CUCAUUUCCCAGGAUAAGUCAAAGCAAUGAAGGAAGGUCUAAAGCGCAUCAAUGGGUUGUACGUUACAUUGUUACUAACGCUCUAUGCGUGUGUUGUCAUUUUACAACUCGAAGCAGCGUCGGAAACAAAGACAUGUUUCCAAAAGAAGAGUCCAUGCUUCCUUAAGAAGCAGACUUGCCCAAAGCAGUGCCCUUCGUUUUCCCCUCCCAACGGUAGCUCCAAGGCAUGCGUCGUAGAUUGUUUUAACCCUAUAUGCAAAGCUACUUGCCGAAAUAGAAAGCCUAACUGCAACGGCAGAGGAUCAGCAUGCUUAGACCCACGAUUCAUAGGUGGCGACGGCAUCGUUUUCUACUUCCACGGCAAACGGGAUGAGCAUUUCGCACUCGUCUCCGACAUUGACCUCCAAGUCAACGCACGCUUCAUUGGUCUCAGACCCUCUGGCCGAACCAGAGACUUCACCUGGAUCCAAUCUUUGGGUCUGAUCUUCGGUCCCGACAACAAAACCUUCACACUCGAGGCCCAAAAGGCCGAGAAAUGGGACCACCAAGUAGACCAUCUCCGUCUUUCCUUCGAGGGAAAAGAGAUUUCAUUACCAAAAGGGGAUUCGUCUAUGUGGACUCCACCGGGAAGAAACUAUAUAAAGAUAGAGAGAACUUCAGACAUGAAUGUUGACAAAAAAAAAAAAAAAAAAAAAAAAAGAACUUCAGACAUGAACUCCGUGUUGGUCACGUUACCAGACAUUGCCGAGAUUUGGGUCAAUGUUGUUCCAGUUACAAAGGAAGAUGACACGGUACAUAAAUACGGGAUACCUGAAAAUGACUGUUUUGCCCAUCUCGAAGUUCAGUUCCGGUUCUUGAGGCUGUCCCCGAACGUGGAGGGUGUUUUAGGAAGAACGUACAGAGAGGAUUUCAAGAAUCCCGCGAAACCAGGGGUGGCUAUGCCGGUCGUGGGUGGGGAAGAUAAUUACAGAACAUCUUCGCUUCUUGAGACAAGCUGUAAUGCUUGUGUUUACUCCCAUGGCUCUAGAAGUUUGGACAAGAUCGAGCCGUUGUCGUUGAAUCAAAACACUGUUGAUUGCACCGGAGGAUCGAGCAGUGGUAUUGGAAUCUUCUGCAGAAAAUAA